AUGUCGAACAUCACUGAGAAGGUCACCAACACCGUAAACUCCUAUAUCGGCGGCGCAAAACAGACGGUCGGCGAGACCAUCGGAAACACCAACCUUGCUGCCUCGGGAGUCCAGCAGAAGGCUCAAGCCGACGCUGCCACAGAGGCAGCCACCGCCAAGGCCCACUCUGAGGGUCUCGGACACAAGGCCCAGGGAGGGGUCCAGCAGAAUGUUGGAUCCUUGACAGGGAACACUAGUAUGGAGGCGCGUGGACAUGCUAAUGAGGCUCGCGGCGAUAUUCAGCGUAACGUCUAG